GAGGUUGAACUUUGUCGUCUCAGCAGUCAAGAAAAACUUGGCCUUACCCUGUGCUACAGGACAGAUGAAGAAGAAGACGUGGCCAUAUAUGUCAGUGAGGUCAGUCCCAACAGCAUAGCUGCCAGAGACGGACGGAUCAGAGAAGGAGAUCGUAUCUUACAGAUUAACGGUCAGGAUGUGCAAGACAGAGAAGAGGCAAUGGCUGCUCUCUCCAGUGAUGACUUCAGGAACAUCAUCCUACUAGUUGCCCGACCUGAGAUGCAGCUGGAAGAGGCAUGGCUGGAUGAUGAGCAUAGCGAGUUCCUGGAGCAGCUGAAGAUGGAAAUGUUGGAAGAGCAGCAGAGAGAGGAGAUGGAAUUAGCUGCCUUGCAAGAAGAACAGGAGAAGCAGCAGAGGUCAGAGGAUGACAAGCCUUCGUGUUCAACCUUUUCUUGUUCGAAAGACAGUGUACAAAAUCCAAAAGAGAGAAAAGAAAGCUCAGACCAUAACGUCUUAGCCCAAAUCCAGAGACAUCUGUCCCGCUGCCUACGAGACAGUCAGGACUCGCAGUCUACCAGUGGUAGCAAACGCUUUGAAGAUAACGAUUAUGAGGACAACGAUGAGACAGAGGGAGAUCGUUUCCAGCAACUUUUGGAGCUUAAGUGUCAGAUACGCAACAGUGGCGAGUACGACCUGUUCUACAGCCGUCGCAGCACUAUAGAGUGCAGCAUGGCAGAGCAGAGCGACGUCCAGCAUGAGCUGCGUAUGCUUAACGAGGAGUUGCGCAGUAUUGAACUUGAGUGCCAAAACAUCAUGCAGGCCCAUAAGCUGCGUAAGAGUCAGCAGUCUCCUUUAAUGGGACGUUCUGCAGCUUCCAUCAAAUCAAAUCAAAGCCCCAACCAUGGAGAGUCUGUUAAGGGUAAGCUUGCAGACAUCAAUGAGAGGAUGGAAAAGUCUGACAAGGACAGCUCCAGUGCCUACAACACUGCAGAAAGUUCUCGGAGCACUCCUUUGGCAAUGGACCGCUCCCCAGAGCACUCUCUCCAGAGAAUGGUUAGCCUCACCAACCAGAGGAACCUCUAUGGUGGGCUUGCUACUGGAUACUCCCCUAGCCCAAGCCCCAUUCUAACCUGUAGAACCCCUGUUCCAGGCAAAAGCAGCAGCCCUGACCACAGCAACCCUUCCGAGUCUGAUCAGACAACUCAUGCUGAGGACAGUAAAAAAAAGUUAAAACAAUGCACUUCUCGGAUUCCUUACUUCUCUCCUUCGCACAGUUCCCAGCAGAGACAGGCCAACAUUCCUGCCCAUGCUCGUCACUACCAGAGCUACAUGCAGCUGAUCCAGCAGCGUUCAGCUGUUGAGUAUGCUCAGAGUCAGCUCAGCCUGCUUAGUGUCUGCAAAGAGCCUCAGAGACCCAUUACUGAGCCCAAGAUGGAGUGGAAGGUCAAGAUCCGCAGCGAUGGCACUCGCUACAUUACCAAGAGGCCUGUGAGAGACAAGAUCCUGAGGGAACGGGCCUUAAAGAUUAAAGAAGAGCGCAGUGGAGGAAUGACCACAGAUGAUGAUGCAAUGAGUGAGAUGAAGAUGGGGAGAUACUGGAGCAAAGAGGAAAGGAAGCAACAUCUGGUCAGGGCAAAAGAACAGAAGAGGAGACGGGAAUUCAUGCAGCGCAGUCGUCUGGAAAGCUUGAAGGAGAACCCUCAAAGCAGCAGCGAGGGCCGUAAAGAGGUCAGUAUUAUAGAGCUCAGCCACAAGAAGAUGCUGAAAAAACGCAAUAAGAAGAUCUUGGACAACUGGAUGACUAUCCAGGAGCUGAUGACUCAUGGCACCAAGGCUCCUGAGGGAGCAAAGGUUCACAAUGCUUUCCUCUCAGUCACUACUGUAUAGGAUAAAGACAGCUUACAUUGUACCACAUGUGGUAAAAACAUACUUGCCUCGUUAAAUGUGGCAUUUUUAAGUGGACAGUCAGAGGAGUACUUUUCACUCUUUGUAUCCCAAAAAGAAUUUUUAAAGAGUUUAUCAGUGGCGUCAUAACAUUUUUGUGAUGUUUUUGAGAAUUGUUUUUCACAUGACCUGGGGAAAAUGACAUUUUCUAAGAAACAAUGACAAUUAUUUUAAUACUUCACUCUUUAUCUUUUCAAUUAUAUUUUCAUAUUUAUGUUAUGCUAUAUUUUAUGAGGGUUGUUUGACAAUGGUCUCACAGACCAGCGGGUAACUUUCUUUCAUUUUUAUGAUUUUAAGUCUUUCUAAGUCAACAGAUUUUAUAUGCCUUUGUUCUGGAGUUAAAGUUGCAUCAGGUUCCUUUGUGGUUUUCAGGUGGGUGAAAUAAACAACAAAUCACAAAACAGUUUAACUGAGUUACUAAAAUCCUAACAGUUUAUUAUUUUUCUCUUUUAAAUGCUGUUUCAAAGAAAACUUUUGACAAGGUUAGGUAAAUUUUGCCAGUUGAUUUUUAACUAAAAUUUACUCUUUUCUAUAACAACAUAUAAUUACUCUGUAUGUAUAGAAACAAAUGCAUUCUAUAUGCACAGUGCUCUCCACAAUUAUCUGCACCCCUGGUAAAACUGGUUAAAUGAUACCUAUUUGUAAUGCAUUUAGGGUAAGAACUUUGGUGACCCAAAGAAAGUACUAUUAGAUGUAAUUCUUCAACUGUGAUUUCUUCAAAAAGAAAAUACUAAAUGCUUUUCUUCUCAAUUUGCUUGGUCACAUGAUUAAACUGAUCCAUCAAGCUUUGUCUGUCACAGUUGAAGUUUAAAAUUUUUUUACAUUACUGUUUUGAUAAAGUUUUUGGGUAAGUUAAGGCUCGUAGCACUUUCAAAGCCAUUCACACCUGUCUUUUUUGAAUGACUCAUUAUCUUGUCUUCCAUUUGUUAUGCAACAUUAAUGUUUUUAUUAUACACUCUGGUAGGGGUGGUAAAUAUGUUAUUCAAUGUUUUGAAUGUCAUAUAUUGUUUGUGAACACACCCCACAGGCUGUGCGUCAGAUCAACAAAUCAAAGUGUGAAUCGGGCUCAAAUCGAGGUUGAACAGAUAACUCUGCACAUAUAGAAUAAAUAAACCACAACUUCCAUUAAAUAUAAGAGUUUAUUGACAAAAAUAAUUAAGCUCCAAGUCAAAUAUAUUUCAAUUAAAAACUCUUGACUAAACUAGGAAAUUCAACUCAUCUAAUCUAUAUGUACACAAAGAAGAAGAAGGAAAAAUAUUGUUGGAAACCAUAAUCAAUGAGAUGAUGCAAUGAUAUCACAGUUCAGCAUCAAGUUUAUGUUUGAAAACCAAUGUUUAUCUUGAAGAAUUUGAAAUGUGGUCAAAUUAGUUUUGGCUAAUUUAGAGCAAUUAGAAUGUGUUCAGACCAAUUCACAAUUGUUUGAUCAUUAUUUAAU